AGAUUGCAGUAACAAAAAAAGAACAUAAUUUUUAAACAUCAAUAUCCUUAUUCGUGUGUUUACGAUGUCGUCGUGCAGUGAUAUCGUUGCUCUGAUACCAUGAAACAGUUCGCAGAAAAACGCGAUUGCUGCAGACUAGAGAGCAUAGUGAUUUCUAUAAUCAAAUGUCAUAUCAUGCUGAUUCAGCUUUUCGCAUAGGGAAAAGUUCUAACAAGACUAGAGAAUAUGGCUGCCAUGACAACGUAGGAACUCCCAAAUUUAUGGAAUACAUAGUUGCAGCGUAUGUUGAUUGUUCUAUGUUUGAUAAUUUAUGUUUACACUCUGUGAUGCAGACAACCACAAUAUAUAUUUUAGCUGUCUCGGAUCUUUGUUUUAUAUUGAUGACAAUUUGGUUUCUUAGUACAUUCCUUAGUAUUCAACAAGAAAUCCACUAGACAUAACUAUAUAACUCGUCCGGGUUAUGUAAUAGGUUCUUUCAGAGCUGUAUCGAGUUUUUUAUAGUUAAGAAAGAAAGAGUGAGGGACUUACAGAGUUUCCCAUGGCUUAUAGAUUCUUGGCCCAUGCUUUGUAUGACAAUGAACAAAAUGUUCAAAUCAAUGGCCUUGAUUCGAGAAGUUCAGCCAUGGCUUGUUAUCCUUUUCCAUAUCUACACACUUUGAAUAAUGUUGCCUCCAUUUUGAACCCGGGUUUAUCUGAUGAAACCAGUAGCAGUAAGAGGCUAAAGAGAACUACAAGCAUGGGUGAGAUUCUUGGAAACACUUACAGUAGCUUCUGUAGUAAUGACAGCUUUGGCAGCACGUUUAGUCGAAGAAGCAGCACUAGUAGCCUGAAUAGUUUGCCAGGGCUCCAUAUUCGAGAACAUAUAAACGCCUAUACACAAAGGUAUCUAGCAGCUGAAUGUGUGGAGGAUGCAGCAUCAGCCAUUGUUGGAUCAGAUUAUGAUGGAGAAACAAAAGAGGAUGGAGUUACUGAUGAAAUGAGACUUGUUCAGCUUCUCGUUUUGUGUGCAGAAGCUGUUGCAUGUCGCGACAGGUCACAUGCCUCAGUUUUACUAGCUGAAGUUCGAGCAGAUGCUUUAGUCUUCGGCACUUCCUUUCAGCGUGUAGCUUCUUGCUUCGUCCAAGGGCUUACUGACAGGCUGACAUUCGUCCAGCCACCAGGGACAGCAGGUUUAACUGCUGCGGCUACAAAUAUAAUAGACAUUGCCUCCGAGAAGAAGGAAGAAGCCUUAGAUCUUGUCUAUGAAGUUUGCCCGCACAUUCAAUUUGGACAUUUUGUGGCGAAUUUAUCAAUAUUGGAAGCUUUUGAGGGAGAGAAUUUCGUCCAUGUUGUGGAUUUGGGCAUGUCCCUUGGUUUACGACAUGGUCAGCAAUGGCGUAACUUAAUCCGUAGUCUUGCAAAUCGGACAGGUCAACCUCCAUGCUGUGUAAGAAUAACGGGUGUUGGCCUCUGUGUAGAAAAGUUCCAAAUAAUUGGGACUGAGCUUAAGGCCUAUGCAAGAAGCUUAGGAAUAAAUUUAGAGUUCUCAGCAGUUGAGAGCAGCUUGGAAGACCUUAAGCCUGAACACAUUAAGCUUCGUAAAAAUGAAGUCCUUGCAAUUAACAGCAUUCUUCAGCUGCAUUGUGUGGUGAAAGAGAGCAGAGGUGCAUUAAACGCAUUUCUAAAAGUAAUUCACGAGCUAUCUCCAAAGAUUCUGAUUCUUGUGGAGCAGGAUUCCAGCCAUAAUGGACCAUUCUUUCUUGGGAGGUUUCUGGAAGCGCUGCAUUACUAUUCUGCAAUAUUUGACUCUCUUGAUGCUAUGCUGCCUAAAUAUGAUACACGACGUGCAAAAAUUGAACAGUUCUACUUUGCUGAGGAAAUAAAGAACAUCGUGAGUUGCGAGGGCCCUGGUCGAAUAGAAAGGCAUGAGAGAGUAGAUCAAUGGCGGAGGAGGAUGAGCAGAGCCGGAUUUCAGCCAGCACCAGGUAAGAUGAUUGCUCAGGCAAAAGACUGGCUAGGAAAACACGAGUUCUGCGAAGGAUAUACCAUUGUGGAGGAGAAGGGAUGCUUGGUGCUUGGAUGGAAAUCAAAACCCAUUGUUGCAGCUUCUUGCUGGAAAUGCUAAAGUCAGAAUGGGUGAAAUGUAACAACGAAUAAAAUUGAAAAUUCCAGGCUAUUCACAGGAUUGUAGAGCCUGCAAUUUUCAUAUACUGUAAAAGAUAAAUAGAAAGAGACGGCACUUGAUGUGAAUAAAAAAUCUAACUUGUUUGAAGCGA